AUGAAUAGUGAAAUAAAUGAAUGGAUAUUAAUUCGUUAUUGUAUUGAUGGAAAUGAGUUUGGAAAUGAGUUUGAAUGUUACGGAAAUGUUGAAUUAACAUUUGAAGAAUUGAAAUUAAAAAAUAUCUCAGGUGAAAAUCUAUUUCAAUGGAAUGCACCCAUUGAUACAAUUAAUAAUUAUGAAAAAUAUUUAAUUGAAAAUGAUUUUUCAAUGAAAAAUAAUUUCUAUUGUAAUUGUUCAAAAAUUUUUUUUGGAAAAGAUUGUUCAUAUUCAUUUGAUAAAGUUUCUCCUAAAACAACAUUUCAUGAAAUUAUUACAAAUAAAUUUGAUAAAAAAAAAUCAUUAACAAAUGUAUUUGAAAUAGUAAAUGAUGGAUAUUUAUUGACAUGUUAUGAAGUUGAAUAG